UAAAAUACGAAAAUAAAAAUAACCUCAAAAUAAUUGCUAAUAUCACUUGCAGGUUUUAGGUCCUUCAACUCCUCUGUCUAUUUUCUUCCCCAUUUUAUUGAGUGAAUGCUCCUGGACGCAUCAAUUGAUUUGAGCAAUCUCCCGGUCCUCCCUGAGCCAACUUCUACCACCAACUCAUAUAGGAAGCCUUGGAUUUUUAGACCCGGUGAGGAAAUUAGGGUUCAAUGGCAAAGCUGCAGCUGCUGGGGCGCAAUAUUGGCAGAAUCUUUACUUUCGGGCAUCUGUCUUCUGAUUUGGGAGUUUCGUCUGUGAGAGGAAGAACAGCACUGGCUCCGGCCACAGCCCGCAAUUUUUGCACCCAUAGGCUGCCUCCUCCUCCUCCACCACCUCUGGAAAAAUGGCGUAUUCGCAGUCUGGUGAAGUCCAUUGAUAAGACAAGACUGAGUUGCAUAAUUGCCUUUUUUGGAUCAGCUUUCCUCUUCUACAUCUUUAUGGAGGAUGAGAUCAUGGAUAGGCGCCAGAUGAGAGAGGGAGUCCGUCAGAAGGAUGGCACUUGACCUCCUGAUAUCACUUCUAUACGAAUAGGGCUUCGAAUCAUGGCUUAUAUAUUGUAAGGAUUAAUUUUUUUAACCACCAAAAUUAUGCCGGUUUAACAUGACUUGAAGGGGCAGCUUUUGGUUUGACUUCAUGGUGCUUUACAGUGGAGAACCUUUCUUAUACGUUUGAUGCACUUGUAGCUGCUCCAUCCCACACACACACAUAUACAGAAACAUAAACACACAAACGCAGACACACAAUUGAUACAGCUUAUUGGAAGCUUGUCCUUGCAUAUGAUCCAAGAUUGAAGCACAGUUCAUGUUGAAGCUGAAUAAUGCAAUACUUUUGACACUUGACCCCCUUGGUAGUGCGUAGCAUCUAAUUUUGCUAGUUUUGUAGGCCAGUUAAAUCUGCAGCAAGUGGCUAAAGGGCCCCUGUAUAAGCUUUGCACAUCAUCAUAUUGGUUCUCAGCCCUUAGGAUGCUUAGUGAGUUAGUGAUAGUGGAUGAAACAGUAAUUAUCAGCAUUACAAAACUUUAUGGUGUGGUGUGAAAGAAAGAGCAGGAGAAAAGAGUGCUUAAUUCUAACCGAAAAAAAGAGAAGAGAAAAGGGCAUUCUGCCCUUAUUGUCGAGACUUUAGAUAGACAAAUUGCAGCGUAUCUUUUCUUGGUUCUUGUCUUUGGAUUUAUCAGCACUUCAAAGUUCAAACAGCCAACGCUAGUGAGCUAUGGGGCCUCUGCGGUUCCUAGAAACCAUUUGAGAAAACGCACAGCGUGAAGUAGCUUGUGCAGGUGCUCACACUAGAAUUAUUCGAGUAAGUUAACAUGUAAAAAUAGCCUACUUUGGCUUUUGUUUUUUGAUGCAACAUUGUUACAAUUGAUUUUAUGCUGGGGAAAGAGAGAGUGAUUGAUUUAUCUAA